AGGACUGUGUCAAAAUUUCUUCCUUUUCCAAAAUUCCAAAUUUCCACAUUUUCAAAAAUGGCCCCAAACCGAAUCUUCCACCUGGAACUCCUCGUCGAUGAACUGCAAAUGUUCUCCCGACCACAAGUUGUCGAGGACCCGGCAAAACCGACUUUGUCGGAGAAGCGAGCUUCGCUGGAUAAACCGGCUUCUUCGGAUAAGCGAGCUUCGCUGGACAAAUCCGCUUUAACGGAUAAACCUGGGUCCAAACGAGCUUCUUUGGACAAGCCGACUCCCUUGGAUAAACCAGCGUCAUCGGACAAACCCUCGGAAACUCCCACUCUCAAAUCAACCGAGGAUCCCCCAUGCGAAACCUGUCCGGAACGGUGCAUCCGACUCCAGCUGAACCACCUGGCCCGCUGUGAGGUCUGCGAGAAGGACUUUGGCUCCAAGCUGGACAUAGAACGGUCCAAAAUGGGCGAAAACUGCAUGUUCACCCUGUCCGAUGCGGACCUCGCCGGAGAUCCGCUGACGUUCCGCAUCUCCGCGGUCGAGAAGCAACCCAAGGGUCCAAGCAAAGUGCUCGGAACUUGGGAGGAGCCCGCGACGGAGCUGUUCCAGAAGCUGGCCAAGAGCUACGACGAUGCCAACGCGAAGAAGGAGCAAAAGUCCGAGACUUCUGUCCUGUCCACCGACUCGUGCGCCCGGCACAGCAAACCGGUGUCGGAUAUGAUCAAGUCGUUGUUUCCGCUGCAAACGGAACAGGAAGUCACGAUCGGAUGUGUCGUGUUGACGCUGCGAAUAGCGUGCUUGGGACCACGCAUAACCCAGAAGGUCAUGUUCGGCGCGAAGGAGUCCCAAACGGCCAUCACCUGCUUCAAGUCGGUCGUCCAGGAUGACCAAGAGGAGCGCUUCAUGAAGUGCGUCGCGUACGACGCCGUCAACCAUCCACAUCCGGUCAUUUGUGGACCCUGCGAGGACAAGCUACCUCCGAACCCGCCGGCGUCGGUCUGCAGCCUGGAGAAGAUCCCGUGCUCGCCGUACGACGAGUACACGGCGGAGCUGAACGGGAACGCGAUCUGCGUGCGCGUUGAGAAGAACUCCGACAUCAAGGUUAGGUUGGACGGAGAGCAGAAUGGAGGUUGCACCCAAGGGUGUUGGACCUCCCUCACCCUUCCGGAGGGCGUCUACGCCCUCGAGGAGCGCUACGUCCAGCGGCAGGAAAACGCCUGCCGUCUUCCGGUGAUCCGCGGUAACCUCAAGUACCCCGCCGAGCAGUGGCAGUCCGACUUUAUGAUGUGCAAGCGCAAGCAACCGAUCCGAGCGGAAGACCUGCGCAAACGCCCCGACCCCACCCGCUCGGUUUGCAUGCAAACCCGCGACCCGGAACUUCCCGUCACCUCGACCCCGUGCGGUAUCGAGAUCUGCCGCAAGGGCUACCACGAUCCGAACGUGGACGUGUUCGUGCUGAAGCUGGGCAAGAACAAGACCUCCCGCGAUGCGGACGCUACCAAUCAGAUCGAGCUGGAGCUGAGGACGCCGAAAGGACCGAUGGUCGAGAAGCGCCCCAAGGAGACGCGCGGCGUGCAGGUCAUCGAGGAGGAGUUUGAAGAUCUGAAGAAGCCGGCGCCGCCGGCGGAGGAAAAGGGAAAGAAGGGCAAAAAGGGCGGCAAGAAGGGUGACAAGAAGGGCGAAAAGAAGGGCAAAAAGAAGUAGACUCGACUGUCAUUUC